CUCCCAAUGAGCAUCGGGCGAUAGAAACAUCGCGAGAUGUUUGAUAUGAGAAGUUGGUCAUGUGAAAGUGAGUGUGGGGAUUCCUGCCUUGGGCCUGGAACAUACCAGAAUUCAUAAACAUAAGGAGCAAUGGAACAUAUACGGAUAUAACAUAUAAAGAAAACUAACGGAAAAUCGCCCAAAUAGCUGCAAGGUGGAGCCCAAGGCCCAGAGAGGCAAAAGUGGUGUGUUGUGGGGAAGGCGAUACAUUGGUUUCUGAGUCGGAAGGGAGGCGAUGUCGAGUACAGCCAUGAAGAAGAAGGUGUUGCUGAUGGGGAAGAGCGGUUCCGGAAAGACCAGCAUGCGGUCAAUCAUCUUCGCCAACUAUAUCGCCAGAGACACGCGCAGGCUGGGGGCCACAAUUGACGUGGAACAUUCCCAUGUGCGAUUCCUGGGCAACCUGGUAUUGAACCUUUGGGACUGUGGAGGACAGGACACCUUCAUGGAAAACUACUUUACUAGCCAGAGGGACAAUAUCUUCCGGAAUGUGGAGGUGCUGAUAUAUGUGUUUGACGUGGAGAGCCGUGAGCUGGAGAAGGACAUGCAUUACUACCAGUCUUGCCUGGAAGCCAUCCUGCAGAACUCGCCCGAUGCCAAGGUCUUCUGUCUGGUGCACAAGAUGGACCUGGUGCAGGAGGACCAGAGAGACCUGAUUUUUAAGGAGCGUGAAGAGGACCUGAGGCGGCUGUCCCGCCCCUUGGCCUGCACCUGCUUCAGGACGUCCAUAUGGGAUGAGACUCUGUACAAGGCGUGGUCCAGCAUCGUCUACCAGUUGAUACCCAAUGUGCAGCAGCUGGAAUCCAACCUACGCAACUUCGCCCAGAUCAUCGAAGCGGAUGAAGUGCUGCUCUUCGAGAGAGCAACGUUCCUGGUGAUCUCACACUACCAGUGCAAGGAGCAGCGUGAUGCGCACAGGUUUGAGAAGAUCAGCAACAUCAUCAAGCAGUUCAAGCUGAGUUGUAGCAAACUGGCAGCCUCCUUCCAAAGCAUGGAGGUGCGCAAUUCCAAUUUUGCAGCUUUCAUCGACGUAUUCACCUCCAACACCUACGUUAUGGUGAUCAUGUCGGAUCCCUCCAUCCCCUCCGCAGCAACCCUCAUCAACAUUCGUAAUGCCAGGAAGCAUUUUGAGAAGCUGGAGCGCGUCGAUGGCCCCAAGCACAGCCUGCACAUGCGAAUGCGCUAAGAGGCCCUGCCUCCGCCCACACUCAGCCAAUCAGCCGCAAGCAUCCUGCUCCCGCGGCCCUGCCGCCUCGCUUAGGAGAUGAAAGCUUCAGAAAAUGCGUGAAACCAGCCCCGUGUUGCCGUCUUCACUCAAUCAUACUGUGUUUUCUACUGUAAAAGUACUAAAGAAAAUUCUAACCUGCCAUUUGUUGGGCUGGGGGGGGGUGUCAGUUUCUCUGGAUUUCUUUUUGCAGGGGAACUAUGUACAUCACUUUUUUAGUUUUUUUUUAUUAUUUUUUUUGCCUAUGUAGUCUCUGUACACUGUGCACAUGCGGAGGAUUCACUUAGAAUAGAGCAAUUGAGCUUUUUAACACAAGGACUGUCACUAUAUUGGUCUGUUCUGUUCAUUCUUUUCCAUCAAGACUUGAGCGAUGCAAGUAUCAAACAUAAGAAGUUGGUACAAGUUUUCUGUACAUCUUCUGCUAACACUGACACCAGUCAGAAACUCCCCAAAAAGUUUCGCCACGUCCAGUAAGCGUGAGCAAAGGCAGCAGAAGUCCCAUUAAAACCCACCACAGCGGAUAGCAUAACAUGGCUUUCAUAACAUGAGCUCCUUGCACAGUGUAUUGAAACAUGUUUUAUGGAAUUCUGUUGUGACAGGAUUGUACUCUAAAUAUUUCUUUUUGGUCUUAAAGUUAUUGGUAGUAUGAUUGAAAAUGAUAGUAUGAUUAAAAAGAAUGAUUGAAGGAA